AUGAGUGGACAGGCUGCUUUGAAGGUGCUUCCCUAUUUAAAAGAGCAGGCUGAAGCUUUUCUGAAAUCUCAACCUAUUCUUUGGAUCCCUUCUCAUAUUUGGUUUGGCCUCAUGGAUGCUAGACUUGAAGGCUUGAGAUAUGCUCAAAAAUCUCUAAAAACACACAAACCCCUCAACUAUGGCAUUCAAACCAGCAUCUUGUGUCAUCUCCUGAGGUCUCUGACUUCCACUCCUAUUGUGAUGGAUGCCCAUCUGAGGCAGGCCCUCCAAAGUCUAGAUGUUGAAAGAAUUUGUGACCAUAAUGGCAUGCUCUUUCUUUAUAAUAUAGAAGACAAGAUCAUCAAAGAAGACAGUGCUCAGAUUCAUAAAAUCAUGGGUGCCAAUGUCAAAAGCCAUCCCAAAUCCUUUGCUUUACAAAAUCCUACAACAAUCUCUGAUGAGUGGCCUAUUAGUCUACAACCUAGCUGGAAGAAUGUGGUGCAGAUGAUUGAAGAACAUCCUCAACUUCUAAUAAGGCCUUGGAUUUAUAAUCCAAUUUGGUAUUCAGGAGAUAUGGAUAUUGGCAUGCUAUUCAUUCAGUUCACCAGGGAGUUUUGGUUGCAGCUAGGUGGAGUACAGACCACCAAUGAAUUUAUGGAUGUUAUCACUAUCAAUCCCAGGAUCUGUGAUAAUCUCCAGGAAGCCAUGACCUGCUGGUCCUUGGACAGGGUAAAUCAAUUGAUUAUUUCCAUCAAAUUUCAGGCCUGCAGUGCUGGACUAGAGGGAGACAAACCUGGCCGUCCUCAUCUGUCAUUUGUCCAGAGAAGGACUAUAUUUUUCCCAGAUAAAAACUCCACCCCACCCCAGUCAUCAAAGUGGAAGAUUUAUUGGACAGAGGGAUAUAUUGCACACUAUCAUAAGAUGUGCUCUGAACUGCCAGAAACCCAGUUGCAGCAUCUUCAUGACAGACUGGAUAUAUUAUUUGCCAAUCUUCAAUGUCUUCCAGAUGCCAACAAACCCACUGCAAAAAGUCCUGGCUCUACUUGGACUCUGGCAUCUGGUGAGGACAGCAUCAAGAUAGUGACCAACCCAGGUUUCUACAGAAUACAAAAAAUUGGAGGAAGAAAGAGGACUGUCAAAAGGCCAGCUGUGAUCAGAAGACCUCAAGAUUUCCGUCUUACCAUCAUGACCUUGCAAGAGCGGAAUCCCAGGAGAGAUAAACUAAAACAAAGAAAGAUCCAAGUAGACCGCCAUUCUACAAAGUCCAAAAGAACUAGAAAGCCACCAACUAGACACACCAAGAAUACUGAUUCUAAUCAGAACUGGUCUUCAUCACAUCACACAACAGCUUCUGUGACAAGUGUCAAGAAUAAAUCCAACAAAAAACUCAAAGUAGAGCUGGAAUAUCAUUCAGACACCAAUGCCUCUGAAAUAAAUUCACUGCUUGGCCAGAAGGAUAUUGAUGCUGCAGAUGAUAAUCAAUCUGAAAUGGAUUCAUUAUUUAACUAUGAUGGAAGUGGAGAGGAAGCUGAUAAAAAGGCAGAUGACUCUGAUGUUAGCAUCUAUUCAACAUAA